GCGGGUUGACCCGCUCGGAGGCGGCGCAAAGGAGGUGUAGCAGGGCAGUGGUUACAGGCUUCAGCCGCUUCCAUUUCCCCGCAGAGGGAGCUCCUCCGCACGGAGAGGAGUCCCCGGACUCUGACAUCCUAUCUGCGACGACCCGGAUCUCCUAGGGGAUUCCUGGGGAUAGCGCCUUCCUCCCGCAUAUCAGCAGGGACCGAGAGCAAAGAAUCUUCCCCACCUCGCCACCCCCGGACGCACACACUCAACUCUCCAGUGUGAGGCCGGAACACUCCCACAAGACCUUUCCUCACCACACAACAUUCUCUCUCCAAGUGUAAGAGCCUCCAUUUCCCCCUCUCUUAUUCUGUCCCCCACAACCCUCUCCUGUUUUAGCCGGGGAAAUCCCUACUCCUCCGGGUUUGAAGUCUCAGGGCCCAAGUUCCGGGCUGCGCAGUUCACCUCACCCUUGGCCACAGGCUUGCCGCAGGGUAGCCCGGGGAAACGCACCGGCAGCCCCGAGGUCCCAGUCCCUAGCGCCCCAUUGCCCCCCAGUCCCCGCCCCCACCCCUCCCCCUUCGCGGCCUGGGAGUGGCGUCAGUACGCCCGCCCCGCAUGGGGUUUAAAUGCCCACUAGCGGGAGCCCAGGCGCUUCUAUCCCGGAGCACAUUGGCGGCCGGAAUUGCAGGGGUGGGAGGCGAGCGUGCGAGCGGGAUCCCGAGCCGCUGAGCGCGCUUGCCCCUCGCUCUGCCGCCGAUGACUCGCGAGCUCGGGUCCAAGUGCCACCCAUGCGACAUCCCUGCCCUACGCCGACCGAGACUUGAUGAUAAAACACUUAACCGUCUACGUUGCGGGGAGCCAUGAGCUGUCUGGAUGUUAUGUACCAAGUCUAUGGUCCUCCCCAGCCUUACUUCGCAGCCGCCUACACCCCUUACCACCAGAAACUAGCCUAUUACUCCAAAAUGCAGGAAGCCCAGGAGUGCAACGCCAGCCCCAGCAACAGCAGCGGCAGCGGCAGCUCUUCCUUCUCUAGCCAGACUCCGGCGAGUAUAAAAGAGGAAGAAGGCAGCCCGGAGAAAGAGCGCCCACCAGAGGCGGAGUACAUCAACUCCCGCUGCGUCCUCUUCACCUAUUUCCAGGGGGACAUCAGCUCCGUGGUGGACGAGCACUUCAGCAGGGCCCUCAGCCAGCCUAGCAGCUAUUCCCCAAGCUGUACAAGCAGCAAAGCCCCGCGGAGCUCCGGGCCCUGGCGGGACGGCUCCUUCCCGAUGAGCCAGCGCAGCUUCCCCGCCUCCUUCUGGAACAGCGCGUACCAGACGCCGAUGCCCGCGCCCCUGGGCAGUCCGCUGGCCGCCGCGCACUCCGAGCUGCCCUUCGCCGCCGCCGCCGACCCCCCCGCGGGGGACGUGGCCGGGGGCCUGGGCCUCAGCGUGGACUCAGGUAAGCGGGAGAGGGAACGUGGCAUCCUCGGGCACCUCUUGCCCUGUGCCCAAACCUGGGCCGAGCCCAGGACCCCAGUUAUUUCUCCUUGGAGACCCCAGGGCCCCUGAGGCCUGAAGGUCUGUCUUGGGUGGGGGUAGGGGUAGCGUUGUGUUUCAACAGAUGGAUGACCCUAUGCCGUAAGUGUGGGCAGAAUGAGAAAGUAGGACCCUGCCUUAACUUGGCUGGUAAAUAUUGGAGGAUGUUUUUAAAAUAAAACUUGUUGGAAAGAUUCUAGCUCUGUGCUGUUCGGUAGCGUAGCCACCAGCCACCUGUGUUGGUUGAGCCCGUAAAAUGUGGCUAGGCCGAAUUGGGACGUGCUGUCAGUGUGUAAUAUACACUGGAUUUCAAGACUUUGUACAAAAAAGGAAUGUAAAAUUCGUCUACUAAUACUUUAUAUUGAUUGCAUGUUGAAGUACUUUCAACACAUUGCAUAUUGAACACAUUGGGUUAAAUAAAAUAUGUUACUAAGAUUAAUUCUCAUCUGUUUCUUUUCACCUUUUUUUUUGAUGUGGCUGCUACAAAAUUUAGAAUUACGUCUGUGGCUCCCAUUGUAUUUCUAUUGGACAGUGCUGAUCUAGAGUACUUGCUAAUAGUGUAGUUUAAAAUCCUCUACAACUUGGAGGGGUCUCUUGUCACCUAGCAGUAGUCACAGGGAAAGAAAACUAUGACUCAUGACUCUGAUAUCAACUUAAUUGCCAAAUUAAAUGGGACUGUUAAAAAUGUAACUUAACAGGAAUAUGAUUUGAAUAAUAUUAUUGAGCCCCUGGCUUAAAGAGUUCAGUUUGAAAGGUACAUUCAAAUAAGGGUUUGCUUUUUUGCUUGCUUUAUUUUCAGGGCAAAUGAAAAAAAAAGUUAUAUAAUAAAUGCAAUUAUUGGCUUGUAGUCGUGCCCGCUUGCCCUUCCCUCAGGUGCAGAUUUGACAUGUCUGUUUGCUUUGCUUUUACUUUCAUUGGUGCCCUUUAGAUGAAUUCUGUGACUUUCACAAUAAAAUAGCUGCAUUUGUCUUUUUCUUUCCUUAAUAUCUUGUGCCUUCCCUCCCUCCAUCCCUUCCUCUUCCCCCCCCCCUUCCCUCUCUCUCUCCCCCUUUUAUUUUCUCUCUGUUUUCAGGUUUGCAGCCUCAGGACAAAAGCAAGGAUCUGUACUGGUUUUAGACAACCCACCUUCUUCCCUGUAGGUCUCUGCUUAGCAUGAUUGGUGACACUCAGAGCUGAAAUCAAUCGAGUGGGUUUGUAACAGCUUCUGAUCUUGGUUUGCAGCUCGUCGUUAUUCUCUCUGUGGUGCAUCCCUCCUGAGCUGAUCCGCUGACCCAGGGUUUCCCCUUCCCUUUCCCUUCUGACCAGCGGUGGAGGCUCAGCACCUGUGCCUCUCACUUCAUGGACGAGGACAUGGGGGAAGGCAGAGACUUCAGACUCCUCCGUGUGUUGGGAAAACCAAAACACACAUCGCCAGAAAUUUCAUCUAAAAAUAAUGCCUUCUGCCCAAAGAGCAGAUCCCAAGACUCUGAAUGAUGCUUAAUGACUUUGGGACAAUCACUGGAAAUAUUCGUGGUGAGAUGACCUAGGUGACGUGAUAUCCUAGUUUUCUUGAAAAGAGGGAAAGGAAAAGAGACAUUUUGGUGUGAAUAUUUUUUAUGUUGAUGUGAAUUAUCUCCUUAAGUAGUGUGAUCAUAGCACUGCUGAUGUCAAUAUCCUCAGAUUGAAAAUGGAUUUGGAUUUGCAUCAAAGAUGGUGGUAGAGAAGUAAAAAGAAACCAGUUCCUUCUUCCUCACCUGUAGCCUCCAGCUCCCCGCCUGCCCACUCCCUCCCUGCAGCACCCACUCCAGAAACAAAGACACACUUUUUCCUUCGGACUGUGAACGCAGAAGCCUCAGCCUGAAUGUGAGUGGCAAGUGGCUUAUCUGGAGCCACCUGCCCUAGUCUUACUAAAAUGCAGCUGUUGUAGGACAACUGUUUAAAACUCCAGAAAUACAUCGACCAAGGUGGCACUUCCCAGUGUUUGGCACAACAAUUGCAAUUGCACUGGAUAUAUUUUAUAUGUGUGUGUGUGUGUGUGUGUACAUAGAUCAGAUUUUUUACAAAGAACAUUUUACGACAAAAGAAGAAACCCUUCUCUGCCUUCUCUACCACAAAUUCUGUCCCUCCCUCUAUCCUCCUCUGGAUGAAAAAAAGAAAGCAUUAGGAGACCCCAGUUGUCUCCGUGAAGAACUAGGAGUCACCACGUGGGGAAGAGAUGUCCGUGGCGUCUCCAGUACCUCGAAGAUUUUUCAGUCUCUGUGGUGAUGAUUUGGUCACUUUAGUGUUGGGACAGGGGAAGGGGUUGUGGUGGGCAAAACUGAAGGGAAUGAGGAAGAGGAAACGAACAUUAAAGAUGUUUGUUUACCACGAGGUCGCUGUGCUGUUUCUUAUAAGGAAAACAAAUGUCUUGGUUUUUCUCUAAUAGAAUAAACUAGUUUAUGGUAGUAAGAUCUGAUGUCAGUAA